GUUCCCCUAACACCCUGAAACAAACAAAAAAAAGACCGAGAUCAAGGAGAAGCCAGUUUAGUGACUUUAGACAGAUUUUCUCGAAACGUUUAAACCGUCGCAUACGACAGUAAGAUUAUCUUCGACGACCGUCUUUUAGCCACUUUGAACAAGAAAAUCUACUUGUGGAGUUUUACCAAAUUUUGUCAAAACUUAAGGAAUUAGGUUCAUGUCCUGAGGGAAAAUGCACGCCAUGAGUAACAUAGCACCCAUCCCACUUGUUCCAGAGCAAUGUGCUGUUCUGAGACAUUGUAGAGAUGCCUUUUGCAAAGCUGUUGAGACGAAAUUUGGUUGCACAACUAUAUUUCACAAUCUGGAAGACUCUGACUCUGACUCCUCUGGUAGUAAUGCAAGUAAGCUUUCAGCUCCUGAAUUGAAGUACUUCAAACAGCUAUCCAAAGGAGUGAAAGUAUCAGUCUGGAGAGAUGAUCUUACACGUCAUAAGGUGGAUGCUGUGGUCAAUGCUGCUAAUGAGGGGCUACAUCAUGGAGCGGGUCUUGCGUUAGCAUUAAGUAAAGCUGGGGGACCAGUGAUCCAGAAGUGUAGUGAUGAUAUUAUACGAAAACAGGGAAAUGUGCCAACUGGUACAGCUGUAGUCACUGCUGCUGGAUAUCUCCCAUGCAAAAACAUCAUACACGCUGUGGGACCCUGUCUGCCUUCAAAUAUAACCCAAUGGCAUGUUGACAAAUCUGCUCCCAUCUUGCAAAAGACUAUUAAGUGCAUCCUAGAUGUAGUUGAAUUUAAAAAGUUUUCAUCUGUUGCAAUUCCUGCUAUAAGUUCUGGCCUUUUUAAUUUUCCCAGAGAUCUCUGUGCAAAUAUAAUUGUACAAACUGUGCAACAGUACAAUGACAAUGAUGCAUUUAAUGGCAGGGCUGUAGAAAUUAAUCUCGUAAAUAAUGAUGAACCCACGGUCCAAGAAAUGGAAAGAGCCUGUACGGAGUUUCUGGGGCCGCCCAACAUCACUGGCUCAUACAGUGGAGCUGUGACAGGCAGAGACCAAAGUUUCUCUUCAGGCAACAGUUUCCAGUUUGGAAAUGUAACACUGCACCUCAGAAAGGGGUUAAUUGAGGAGCAAAAGGUUGAUGUAAUUGUGAAUACAAUCUCGGAUACGUUGGAUUUGUCCAUGGGGCUUAUUUCAGAAGCUAUUUUAAAGAAAGCCGGUGAAAAGAUUCAAGAGGAGCUUUACAAAUUUAAGAAAGACUAUCCCGCAAGUUGUGACGUUUUUGUAACUAAAGGACAUAACUUGAAUUGUGCAGCAGUCUAUCACUGCACAUUAAAGUCUGGGACUGGAGCCAAAACGAUUCUAUACAAAGUGGUCUUUGACUGUUUGAUGAAAGCUGUAUCUGCAUACAAGUCCAUUUCCUUCCCAGCUAUUGGUACUGGAAAUCUACGCAUUUGUAAACAGGAUGUUGCCGAAAUCAUGAUGAAUGCUGUGGCAGAGUUUGCCAAACAGAACUCCAGAAAGAAACUGGACAUAAACUUUGUUGUGUUCCCAAAAGAUGUUAAAAUGAUGCAGGCUUUCGAAAACAAGCUUAAUAAUGUGAAAGCAAGGAUGAAGUUCUCAGAAUUUCCCAGUACUACGACCCAAAGUUCUACUUUUGCAACCAAGGAAUCCACAAGAAAUGAAACACCGACUCUUGAGAUCAGCAGUGUCUCCAAGGAAGCUCUGAGAGAGGCACAAGCAUGGAUAAUGAAUAUGUUGGGCCCACGAAAUGACACAAUAACUAUAAUGAAUAACCAUGUCAUUUAUUUUGGCCAAAAAGAUCAUGAAAACCUGCUGUCACUUCAAACCAUGUUUGGUGUAAAAAUCGCAGUAUUCUUCAAGAAUGGUAAUGGUGGCAUAUUCAUCACUGGAGAACCCAUCUCUGUCAGCUGUGUGGCUAUUGAAGUGGAAUCCAUGCUUUGUCAGGCCCAAAACGACUUUGCUUUAGAUGAAGAGAGCGACCUUCUGUAUUCUGUGGUUCGCUGGCAGUGUAAAGGUGCACCAUGGCCACCUAAAAUCAAUGCAGCUUUGGAGAAAGCUUAUCUGGCACGGAACAAAGAAAUUGAGUUGCAUGAUUAUAAUAUCAGAGUCAACCUUAAGAACAUGUAUGUUGUUGACGUCUAUGGGAAGACAAGCGGCGUGGAAAGGACAUGCAUGUUUAAGGAUUACAACCCUCUUCAUCUAGACAGCAAUUCAUUUUAUGCAAGAACUCCUGUGGAUAGGAAAGAUUAUAUGGAAAUGGAAAGGAAAGUCAAAGACUGUGGACUCAAUGCCAUCAGGGUGGAGAAAAUUGAGAAUGCUGCCCUGCAGCCGAUUUUUGAGCUGAACAGGAAGCGAAUAAAAGAUAAACCGGAGCAUCUGUACCAGUGUGUGUCAGCUCAGUUCUGUGAUCUCAUCUGCAGAGUUGGCUUUCACAAAGAUUUCGCACCACCUGCAGAGCAAAAGAAUGGCAGUGGUAUAUACUUCAGCAGUAGACUGGACCGGGCGUUGAAGCUGUGGAACAGACAGAAGGAAGAGUACAUCUACAUCAUUCAGGCUCAAGUUCUCACUGGAAAAUCAGCGAUUGGUUCACCAGAUUUUAUUUUGCCCCCUGUCAUAGGUUCUGACCCUUUGAAACGCUUUGACAGCGUGACUGACAAAGAAAACACUCGUGUGAUCUUCAAUGGUCAACAAGCUCUUCCUCAAUACCUGAUUAUAUGUGGUAAACAAACCUCUUCAGCGGUAUAGCUUCAGAUAUUUGUUAAUGAGUUUUGUUUGAGCAAUAUGCAAUAACAAAACAUUUUACAGUAAAUCAGGGGAAAUGAUUGACUGCUUUAGUCCUGUAAAAAGUUGACCUCUGCAGCUUUGACUCUGUAAACAAGUUCAGUGAAGUAAAUGAAGAAAAUAGAUCUUUGCAGUAACGUAGUCUAAAUCACUUAUUUAAUGAACUUAUCUAAUGAGCCAUCAUAAUUGACUAGUUCAUUCUUUAAAACGUGUUUAACCUGGUUUUGUCCUACUCUUCAUUUCUUACAUGAUUCCUUUCAGCUGUGGAUAUUUUCAUUGUUUUUAUUGAAUAAUGGGAUAUGUGAUCUAUAUUGGUGUUAGAUUAAUGAAAAUAACAGUUUGUUCGUAGCACGUGUAUUAGUUAAUUAUAGUUCAGUGUAAGAGGAUUGUAUUUUGGUAUAUUUAGUAGUUUGUUUGGUGGUGAAUUUAUGUUUUCAAACUUUUUAGGAUAAAGUUAAAUCACUAAAUUGAGAAACACACAUAAUUCUAAUACUGUAUUUUGUGUGAUUUGACAAAAUAAAUAAAUGCCCCCUAUAACCAUAA